AUGUACCUUGACAGGCCGACACGGCGAUGGUCCGCUCCUUAUGCACCCCAUUUCUCGUUCUUGCAGCGCCUUGUGAACGGUAAAAAUGUACCGUUCGACCCCUCACCGCCUAAUCUCAUUGACCAGUGGAUGGAGUCGCCCGAAGAGAUGGAGGGGAUGAAUCUGAUAACUGCGGCGAGCGGUAUGAAGACCACGACGGCGAUGAAGCGACAGUGCCAGGACGAAACUCCCAUCGUCACAUCGCACAAGUGCCAUCGGACUGUAUUGGGGCCCAUCCGCAAACUACUGAUGCAGACUGAUGUGAAUCGGAGGGGUAGUCCACCCACCCUGUCGCUGCAAACACCCGGGAAACCGGAUGCGCCACGAGCAGAUGACAGUCAUCACUACUUGGGCAAGGAGAAUACGAGGGUAGACGAUGUUUCUGCACAGGGCCAAGGGGGGAUGGGUGCGCUUGUUGCAGCAAGCACGGAUAUAUUACUGGAGACCCCCAGGAAGUCAGGAGCGUCGCGAGGGCCAAGUGCUAGUCACUGUAGGCGUCAGGAGAAUACAUAUGCCCAACAUAGUGCAGUCCGUGGAUCAGGGGUUGGGGCAAAGCCGACGUCAAGCACAGACGGGGCGACGAGCGUUUGCACACACCAAGGCGUACGGCCCACUCCAUCGAAGUAUAAGCGACUGCUCAGCGAGGGUAGCGAGCGAAGGGUGCUGCCGACAAUAGCCCAUGGUGAUACUGGUAGGAGAAGUGAAGCGCGUGGCAACCCCGGAGUGUGCGACCGGAACCAGUUCCAGUCCCCGUUUCCCGCAUGCUCGAUGAUGGCAACGGGAAGCGUCCAGACACGAGGUAUUAACUGUGUGCAGCAAUCAAACACGGACCAUACACGCACUUAUACGCACACUCACACACGGGAGACGGGCCGGGACGACUACACGCCUGCCAUAGGGGAAUCCCCAUCGACUAGCUACACCCAAGCUACCAUGCCAUCGCAGGAGGGGCCACGGGCCAAAUCACAAUCACAACCAAACUUAACGGCCCACACACACCCGGUAUCACAGGUGGUUCAUGGCUCGAUCAGUGACAGACAACCGGACGCACAGCUCGCACCAGCGUCCCAGUCUCUACUCCCGGUCGUAGGGGAGUCACAGACAUGCGCUGUGACGGCAACAACAGCAUGUGGCGCGGCACAAAGAGGGUGUGGACCCACGCAAACACACACCCACGCCAACAGUGCGGGAUCGCACAUACCCUGUACACCCCAGCACACACCCCGCGGUAGCUCCACGGUGACUGCACAACCAGAUACAGCCAUGCGAGAAUCUCUGCGGCAGAAGAAGGACGCUGCCCUGAGGCGGAGGGAUAUGCACACACACUCGCAAGUAACCACAGACACGUCAGCUGCGCCGUCAAUGUGGCGCAGCCAGUCUAACCCAGAUAUGCAUACGACCGGCCGGGUCGGUAUAGAUAUAAACGCAAGGUGUGGGGCCUUUGGCAGCCACGCUGGUAGCACUCAUUCACACUUAAGCACCAACACAGCGAUAGCCCCGGACAUGGGUCCUGGCUCCUUGUCGGUUAACAGCCGGAUAACGGGGUCUAGAACAAACUCGGGCAGCCAUACCCACACGGCAGGUACUGUACAUAGCAGUGCGCCAAAGUACUCGCAAACGCACCUCAAGCAGGGCGAUAGGGAUGGCGAGGGUGUGCACUCGCAAGCCUCGGUGGCUACGCUAGGCAGCUCUCUGCAGAUGAACCAAUCACAGGAUAGUACCGAACUGGUGAAGCACCUGGAUGGUACUAGUAGUGGGGGCGGUAGGGCGUUUGUGCAGCCUUCGCCUAAUACGGCGUUAAAGAUAGCGCUCAAGCAGAAAAAAGCCGCGGCGAUCAGGAGGCGGAAACAGGCCGAGAAACUUCGGCGGCAAAGGCAGGCUUCACAGACAUAUCCGCAUCAGGGGUUGGAUGUGCAGAAUGGAGCUGCCAGUAGUGGUGUGAGCGAUGUUUGGAAGAGUUCACAGUCCAGUGGUUACCAUAGCAACCAGAGGGAUGGGGAUAUAACGCACCAUCGCACGGGCCACUCUCAAAAGUUUCCGUCGCAGAGAUGAUGGUCUGGAACCAACGACCACUGUAUGUAAAUCGGAUUCAGACAUAGCCUUCUAAAAUACACAGAUAACAGAAUAAAUUACCAUUCGAUUUAAGUAAUAUGAUGUAUGAUCGGAGUGGCAGAGGCGAAAC